AAGAACAGGAGGGGAGAUCAUCUAAGCGAUAUAGUGGUAACUUUCUAUCUUUCACUCGCUGUUUAUCCUACCGUUUGAAUAUUGAAAUCAUAUUUACAGGUGAAUGCAAGCAAGGAUGACGAUGCCACAUGUAGGGGCAGUAUUUGCUACAAUAGCAGGACUGAUGGCCAUCCUGUUACACUCCUCCAUUCACAAGAUAGAGGAAGGACACCUUGCUGUGUACUACAGGGGUGGAGCUUUACUGACAGUUCCCAACGGCCCUGGAUAUCAUAUUAUGCUGCCUUUCAUUACCACCUACAGAUCGGUGCAGACUACUCUCCAAACUGAUGAGAUCAAGAAUGUGCCUUGUGGAACAAGCGGUGGUGUAAUGAUCUAUUUUGACAGGAUAGAGGUUGUCAACAUGCUCGUCCCCUCAGCAGUUGUGGAUAUUGUGAGGAACUACACUGCUGAUUAUGACAAAACUCUAAUUUUCAACAAGAUUCACCACGAACUGAAUCAGUUCUGCAGUGUGCACACACUACAGGAGGUCUACAUUGAGUUGUUUGACAUCAUAGACGAGAACUUGAAGACAGCCCUGCAGAAAGAUCUUAACUCUAUGGCCCCGGGACUCACAAUACAGGCAGUCCGUGUCACCAAGCCAAAGAUCCCAGAGUCUAUCAGGAGGAACUUUGAACUCAUGGAAGCGGAGAAGACUCGUCUGUUGAUAACGGCUCAGACUCAGAAGGUGGUGGAAAAGGAGGCGGAGACUGAGAGGAAGAAGGCCAUCAUUGAGGCUCAGAAAGUGGCCCAGGUGGCGGAGAUCCACUUCCAACAGAAAGUGAUGGAGAAAGAGACGGAGAAGAGGAUCUCUGGAAUAGAGGAUGAUGCCUUCCUGGCCAGGGAGAAGGCGAAAGCUGAUGCAGAAUAUUACACUGCUGCCAAGUCUGCUGAAGCAAACCGGUUGAAGUUAACCCCGGAGUACCUGCAGCUGAUGAAGUACCAGGCCAUAGCAGCUAACAGUAAGAUCUACUUCGGCCAGGACAUCCCCAACAUGUUUGUGGAAGGAACAAAUAGCCCUCAGAAGUCUGCGCGCUCCACUCAUCAGUCCAAAACUGAACCAGAUUUGCUUAAAGAGAAGCAAGACGGGCAGUGAGACCGCAGCUCAGCCCCCCGCGCAGGACAGGACAACAUGUUGAGGACUUGUCUUGUUUGAGAAGUAGAGAGUGCUGAGCUUAAGAUGACAGGUGGGAUAGCUUUACAGCUGGUUUGGUGAACAACACACUUCAGUCUUAAAUCUAUGUGGCAAAGAGAAAAAAUGUAAGGAUUUAAGGAGAAGUAUGGGGCAGAAAGGACAAGAUAAAAGGGAAUGUUUUUGUUUUUUCAUCUUCCACUCUUUGAAAAAAGUUUUUUUUAUUUUUAGGAAUGAGAAAGAUGCCAUAGUUUAAAAUCAAAAGCAUAUAAAAUGCUUAAUGCCUGCAAGGCGACAGCAAGUAGUCGCCCUAAUCUACAUGUGCUUGCAAUCAGUGCAGUGUUUAACUUUGCUUUUGGAUCUGCAUUAAUCUUUUUUGUUGUAUGCAAGAGGAGUGAUUUGUGCUAAAAAAAAAGAUUUUUGACUCGUUUAAUUUCUGGUUUAGCCAAACUGGAAUCAAACAGGUGACACUAAUUAUACGCAGGACGGGUUGUACAAGUGUCCGUAAGGUGGGACGGUUAAUCUCUGUGCCAUUAUUUUCUCUCACAUUGAAUCACUAGUUUGUUUUUCCUUCUGAACACCAAUCAGUGCGAGGACUGUUUAAUGAAACGCUGCUGGUGGGUGAUCGUAUUAUAUUCAGGUGUUUGCAGCUUUUUAAAUGUGGUGAUUGUAAGAGAGUCAUUCACAAUACGGAGCACUCCCACCCACCUUCACAAUCAUAGCUUUCUCAAAACAAAUGGCCUGAUUUAGUUAAACUUUCACCCAAGCCUGCGUAAAGAGAGAUACAGUUUGUUUUUACAGGCACUCAAAGUUGAAUGGCUGUCUCAGUAUGUUCAGUUUCUAUAGUUGAUAUUUAGUGGUGUCAAAUUGGUAGUGAUGUGGUUUAUUUUCUGUUAGACUGGUGAUAGUUUGGUGUUGUUAGUUGUGGGUGAAAGAGCAGCCACAUGGGACAGAUUUUAAAUGCUGCAUCGACAUCUUGUGUGGCAUUUACCGUGAAACCAACUGAGAGAGAAAAAAGAAAGUUUGAGUGCUGCUAAAAGAAAAUCUGCCUUUUUAUUCUAAAAGCAAAUUUAAGUUGACUUAUUACACUGAGAAGCGUAAUAAUAAGUGGGUCUGUCAACAGGAGGAAGUUGUGCUUUUUAUACUCCUCACUAUGAAGUCAGCUACAUCUUUGAAAUCAUCCAUCUUGUUCUGAUUAUCAGAGCCGUGCAUGUGGAAAUAUAGUAGGCUUGAUUGAGAUGAUUAGUAGUGCCUGUAACUAUCUGCCAACUCUUUUGUUUUAGAGCUUAUUGCGACGUGGUUAAAUGUUAAUUCUCAGGAAAUUGACUUUUUAUUUUAAAGGAUAGGUUCACAAUUUUUCGAGUUUGCUUGUUGUAAUCAUUCCCCGCGUUCACACUGGCUGUUAAGAGAUCCCCUAGGACAGCUGCUCAUUGUUGGACAGAGCUUAUUGAGCAAGAAAAUGUUUGAACUUUGGCGUAAAUUCGGUUUAAUGGAGUCUGAUAACUAAAUCUGGUGAUACCCAAGUGGGAAAAGUGAGGUCGUGAAACAAGAAAAGAACGAUGUGAUUUGACGAUAUGAAAGCUUAUUUUAAAAUAAUGAACAUCUGCUUAUGAAAAGAAGUUUAAAAAACACAUUCAACUAAGGUGACGUUUUUAUUGCUACAUCACUAUUUUAUCGCACCAUUUAUUUACAGCAGAUGUCAGACGUUGAAUAUUAUGAGGACGGUCAACGAGGAAAUAGUACAAGCGAAAGCUCUGCUCCACUCUAAAUGUUUACAUUUUCUGCACUUCAAGAAUUGACGGACUGAAAAGUUUUUCAGUCUUUCCUAAACAAGAUCACUCGAAGGAUUUGUCAGCACACAGUUCCUAAUUAAAAUAAUAUCUCACACUUCAUGAGAGUUUGUUUAACCUCUGAUUUAGUUUUGUGUGAUGACGUGAGUUCCAGCAGUGCACAAAAACAAGUUUUCUUCUUUUCUUUUUUUUUUUUUUAAAGAUGAAUGUCGAUAAUGCUCGAGCUAAAACAAGAUGGUGCUAGUUUUAUUGUGUGCGAAGCUUUUUGAUUUUGUUCAGCUUUGUUUUCAAAAACAAAGAAAUACUUCCAAUAUUCAGAUUCAAGCCUUAAAUAUUGAAGGGACACCUGAGGUUUAAAGUGAUUCUUGUUAACUACACGGCUCCAUUUGAUCUUGGCAUGCGAUACGUCUUGAGAGCGUGCACAGAAACACUGCACGGCCUCACUGUAGACUCCAGCUGAGACAGUCACAACUAGCGGUGGACACUAAUCGUGUUUGGAAGGCGUCCUGAUGUUUACUUGACCUCUGAAUGGCAGUUUAACAGCUGCACUCUUCAUUUGCUUGGUGAUGGGUUCAAAUAAAGAUGCAAAAGAGGUGUAUGAAUCACUCAUGAAAAUGAUUUUUUUUGUCAAUAUUUUGUACAAUCUGUGAAAUUUAAACAUUGUCUUCUUGUUUUAAAAGGUUUAUAUGCAAAAUGUUUUCAAGUUUUGACAAUGUUCUUAUGUAAAAUAAAACCUAUUUUGGUA